UCAACUAUUCAACAUGGAGGCGGAGGUCGAUAAGCUGGAACUGAUGUUCCAGAAAGCUGACUCUGAUCUGGAUUACAUUCAGUACAGGCUGGAAAAUGAAAUCAAGACUAAUCAUCCUGAUUCAGCAGGCGAGAAAAGUCCAGUUACACUGUUAAAGGAAAUGCCAGCGAUAAAGUCUCGAUAUCAAACUUUGUACACACGCUUCAAACUAGCUGCUGUUGAGCAGAAAGAGACUAAGAGCGGCAUUUGUACUACUGUGAAUAAGACUAUAAACAUGAUACAACUACAAAAGCAAACAGACCUGGAGCUGUCACCACUGACUGAAGAAGAGAAAAAUACAGCAGAGCAAUUAAAAUCUCACAUGCCAGACUUAUGAAGAAAUGGACUUCCAAAAGGGAACUCUAAUAGAGAAGAAAUCAAUUCCACAAAAAUUUAGGAAGAUGUCUUUUAAUGGUUGAUAACUAGUGGGAGGGGGCUGGUGAAGGAGA